AUGGGUCAAGGCUUCUCUCUCACCACGCUUUCGGCCGGCUCAGCGGGCAUCGAUGUACCUGAGCUUGCCGACCUGCAAUAUGAAAAGAGUCUUGGAGCUGCACGGUUUAUGAAGACAGUCCGCGCUCGGCAUAAGGAUGGACUCGUCGUUGCAAGAGUGGUGAUGAAACCAUACGCUCAUUUGAAUCUCGAUAUCUACGUAAAGAGACUUCUGGAGGAAAGGAAGAUACUGGCCGAUGUCCCUAAUGCACUGGCAUAUCAUCGAGUUCUUGAGACUGGUAUUGGUGGCUACCUUGUUCGCCAGUAUAUCAACAGCUCUCUCUACGACCGUCUGAGUACCCGUCCGUUCUUGGAAGAGAUCGAAAAAAAGUGGCUGUCAUUCCAGCUCUUGUGUGCAGUGCGUGAUUGCCAUGCGCGCAACAUAUACCAUGGCGACAUCAAGACAGAAAACGUCCUUGUCACCUCCUGGAACUGGCUGUACUUGACUGAUUUUUCAUCCUCUUACAAACCCGCGUAUCUCCCAGAGGAUAAUCCUGCUGAUUUCUCCUUCUACUUUGACAUGUCUGGGCGGCGUACUUGUUACCUAGCGCCCGAACGGUUCUUACCGCCUGGGGAGCAGCCUGAAGGCGACCACAACAUCACGUGGGCGAUGGACAUCUUCAGCACAGGAUGCGUUAUCGCUGAACUCUUCCUCGAGGCUCCCAUAUUUUCACUCAGCCAGCUGUUCAAGUACCGACAACGAGAAUAUGACCCAACACAUUCGCAUCUCAGUAAGAUACAUGAUGCCAGCGUUCGAGAGCUCGUGGCACAUAUGAUUCAGUUGGACCCGAACUCACGCUUGUCCGCGGAAGACUACCUCAAGUAUUGGGAAGGCAAGGCAUUUCCGAGUUAUUUUUAUGGUUUCCUUCACCAGUACAUGCACUCUCUCACGGACCCCAGCUCCGGUCGGAAGCCGGUGACGACAGCAUCCGAGCAUCUUGGUGAACCUGAUGAGAGGAUAGAUCAGAUCUACAAUGACUUUGACAAGAUCUCAACCCUACUCUCCGAAUCCGAUGGGACUGGACCUAGGAAGCCACAGCACCGUAUUCCCAAGCCGAACGACAGACUUUUCCCGCUUACGAUCGAUAUUCCGAACUACCAACAUCUUGCUUCUCCAACGCCAAGUCUAUCCGUUGAUGAUGGGAACUUGAUAUUUCUCACGGCCAUCGUGUCCUGCAUACGGGGCACAGCUAGAGCCUCUGCUCGUCUCCGCGGGUUCGAGCUGCUCCUGGCCUUCGCUGAGAGACUGACCGACGAGGCAAAGCUGGACCGUGUGGUUCCGUAUGUUGCGAACCUGUUGUUGGAUAAAUCCGAUCUGGUAAAGAUCGGAGCGCUACGCACUUUGACACAGAUCCUCGCGAUGGUGCAGGUGGUCUCACCUAUCAAUGCAUAUGUCUUUCCGGAGUAUAUCCUUCCAAGACUGGAGCCCUAUCUACCUGAUUCUUCUACGGACCAACCAAGCACACUUGUCCGUAUGCACUAUGCAUGGUGUAUCGGAAGUCUUGCGACGACAGCGGCACGAUACCUGGACAUGAUUCAGGCUCUCCGUACAGAUGGCUCCUUAGCUACUGCGGAUGUCAGUGGGGAAGAUACCCUGACGUCGUCCAUUCAUCGAAAUCAGUUCGACCUUGACCGGCAUAAUCUGCUUGAAUCAUUUGAGAAGCACACCAAGGCGCUUCUCACCGAUCCAGAUCCAUCGGUACGGCGGGCAAUGCUCAGAUCCGUUUCUGAACUUUGCGUGUUCUUCGGCAGCCCCAGAGCGAAUGAUGUGAUUUUAAGCCAUCUGAACACCUACCUGAAUGACCCUGAUUGGAUGCUGAAAUGCGCCUUCUUCGAGGCCAUUGUAGGAGUGGCAGUUUUCGUCGGAGGCGCCAGCCUUGAGGGCUUCAUCCUACCGUUGAUGGUGCAAGCUCUCACAGACCCAGAAGAAUUCGUCAUUGAAAAGGUGAUCCGAGCCUUUUCUUCCAUUGCAGAGCUCGGCCUUUUUCAGAGGUCAACGACCUGGGAACUCACUGACAUUGUGGCUCGUCUAACAAUGCAUCCCAAUAUAUGGAUCCGAGAAGCGGCUGCUCAGUUCAUUGCUGCCGCAUCAAAAUACUUGUCUGUUGCGGACACACACAGCAUCCUGGUUAACCUGGUGAGACCGUACCUUAAGAUUGUACCACUGGACUACUCAGAGUUGCGAAUUCUCGAUUCCCUAAGAAGACCGUUGCCCAGGCCGGUCUUGGAAAUGGCCUAUCACUGGGCGUCCCAAUCACAGAAAGGCCUCUUUUGGCCUGCUGCACGACAGCAACAGACAUUCAGCUUUGGAUCAUCAGACGAUACCUUGCCAACGAUAUCCGGACGCGAGCUGGAUUUUAAGGCGUUGCAAAGAGUCGCAAGAAAUGACGAAGACGAGCAAUGGCUGCGCAAGUUACGAGCCACCGGUAUGACUGUGGAGGAUGAGUUUAAGUUGGUAGCGCUACGAGAGUUUAUAUGGAGAGUAAAUCAGCGGCGACGGUCAGAUGUAGCCAGCUCGGAAACCCCGGUGUUCAGUAAGAUCUUCGCACUGAAAGAUCUGGGAAUUAUCCCAGAAACCGUACUCUUCGAAACGAACGCGCGCGAGGUUGUGGAGCAGGUACGAAGUACACCUCAGGAUAAGCCGGUUGUUCGGGCCCGUACUAUUGCGGACGCAUUGCGAGAUGCAACUUCGGAUGCUGACGCUAGCGCUCCAGAGAGCCCUACAAUGGGCACUCCACGAGGAACGAUAUCAUCUGAUGGGGCCCGAGGUCGUCCAGUGCCUCUCCCUGCUCGGACGAAGAUUACAUCGUCACCAAGCGACAUUCCCUCGUCGGUGGAAUCACGGCGGAACUCCCUCCAGAUUCCGCGAGGCUCGCCCGGUAUUCAGUCACCUGUUGGGUCGGUAGCCGGUAGUGAAAACUCUCGUCUCCUGCGCCAUCAGAGCAGCGCGCUGAAUCUCCUCAAGGCAGGCGAAAACAAGGCCUUGCCGGACAUUGCAACGACGUCAAUGAAUGCAGUUGGAAGAGUUGACGGAAUAUCAGCGCGAGAUAUUUCUCGAUCGAGACAGAACACCUCAGCCUUAGCUGCGGAGCGACGAGCCCGAAGCCCUUCUGCCAUACGGUUCAGAGAGGCGCACAAUUACCGCAAGAAUAACCCAGCGGUGCUGAAACUGCUUGACUCUAUGUUGGCUGAUAAUCUGCCGCCCAGCGAUUUGGAAUUCGGUCCCCGCAUUCAGACCCCUACAACUCGGCAGCCCAUCAGAUACAGAGACAAGCAACCAAAUGCGAGUGGAGUACCCUGGAGACCGGAGGGGGGACUGGUAGCCAUUUUUGGGGAGCACACCGGCCCUAUUAGCCGUGUAUUGGUCGCUCCAGAUCAUACGUUCUUCAUCACUGGGUCCGAUGACGGCACCGUCAAAAUAUGGGAUACCUCCAGGUUGGAGCGGAACGUUAAUCGGCGCUCCAGGCAAACAUACCGACUGGGCGAUGGAGUGAAGGUAACGAGUCUGACUUUCCUUGAACAGACCUACUGUUUCGCCGCUACGGGCAGCGAUGGUAUCGUUCACAUAGUGCGGGUUAACUACUACCAAGGGCAUGACGGUGCUGCCAAGUUCUCUAGACUCCAGGUACUACGAGAACAUCAACUUCCUGAAGGCGACUAUGCUGUGUGGUCAGAGCACUACAAUGAAGAAAACAAAUCUGUUCUGCUUCUGGCGACAAACACUUCGAAGAUAAUUGCGUUGGACAUUAGGAGCAUGGACGAGUUGUUCACUUUAAGAAAUCCUCUAAACCAUGGUACUCCAACGUGUUUUGCCGUCGACAGAAAGCACCAGUGGUUUGUUCUGGGCACAUCCCAUGGUGUGCUCGACCUUUGGGAUCUCCGAUUCAAGCUCCGACUGAAAGGAUGGGUAUUCCAUGGGGCCGCUCCAAUCCAUAGGCUCGUCCUGCCAAAGUAUAGGAGAUCAAGGCUGUACGUUGCUGGGGGUUCCGGGCAGGGCGAAAUAACCGUGUGGGAUGUUUCAAAGAUGGUCUGGAGAGGACUUUAUCGCACUAGUACAGCAAAGGAUAUCGGAUCAAAGAGUACAACGCUCAUAGACCUUGACGAGGAGAAAUCUGGCGGCAUGCUCGGCCGAUUCUCUACCAGCCUCGAGCCUACGGCCAACUCUGCUCCAGAUUCUGGAAUUCGAGCGGUCGUCGUGAACUGGCAAAGCGGGAUAGAAGGCGAAAAAAAUGACUUUCUCAUUACGUCCGGGCCGGAUUGGAAGGUGCGAUAUUGGGACUCUUCACGUUCAGGUACAUCUGUUAUCGUCAGCGGCUUGGAGGGAGAAGAGAUGAGACCGCAUUACAGUGUCACUCGGACAUCUGACCCCGACACAAUCACUAUCAUCGAGAAGUCGAUUCAGUCACAGCCUCAACCGUCGAGCGGGAGAGAAAGCAGAACUUCAAAUACGUCAGCGAAGAGAGCAGCUCCGAAACCCCAACGAUCAAUCCCGUUGAUGAAUCUGCAACAGCAGCUGCUCAAGGGGCAUAUGGAUACUAUCCUGGAUGUUGCCAUGAUUGAACAGCCUUAUGGGAUGAUCAUUAGUGUGGACAGAAGCGGCAUGAUAUAUCUCUACAGUUGA